CAGUUAUUGUUACUAUAUCAAAGGAACGUGAUGAUACAUUAUAUGCAGGGACACUAUUCUUCAUUAAAUGUGACAUAAUGUUAAAUCUAUUAGUUACUAUACCAGUGACUAUCACUAAUCAAUGGAGACGUGAUGGUACUAAUGUUCCUAUGGGUUCAUCUGAUGCUACUAUUACUGAGGAUCUCAAUAUAAUCAAUAUAUCACAUUUUAAUGCAACAUUAAUUUUCCAUCCAUUGGAUAAUGCUGAUGAUAGUGGAAUGUAUACUUGUAAUGUUGAAGUGACUGCUCCUAAUAGUUACACGUAUCUCAGGAAUACAUCAGCUAGUGCUAAUACUUCCAUUACAGUUAUUGCUACUCCAGAGCCAGUGGUAGAGAUAGUAACUAUGGGCAUGGCUGAACCUGGUGAAGAAUACAUGUUAAAUUGUACAGUGACAGUUGUUGAUAGACUCAUAGUCUCACCAGUGAUAACAUGGACUAAGAGAUCAGCUAACAAUGUUAUUAGUGUACCUCCAGUUCUUAUGACUGUAUCUAAUGUAAUGAGUUCUCUUUAUUUGAACUUCUCUUCUCUCAAUACUUCUGAUGCUGGUCUAUAUACUUGUGAAGCCUCCAUUAAUGUUAGUCAGAUAUCCAUUGUAGCAAGGAGUAAUGACACAUCAACCCUACCAUUAGAAAUUCCCAUUCCAUCUGUUGAUGUGAGUCGAUCAAGAGAGAACUAUUUCUUAGCUGGCAGUAACCUGAUACUAACAUGUGAUAUCAGUGUUGAUCCUAAUGUUGAUACACCAUUCACUGUUAACGUAACCUGGAACAAGACUGAUCAAAAAAUCAUGAGUAGCGGUGAUUUUGGAGAUGAGAGUGGUCCUAGUUCAAUGAGGCUUGCUGAUACAGAUCGUGUUAAUAUUAGCCCCGUUAUGAUGAGAUCACGUUUCAAUGAGUAUAGAUCAACUGUUAAUUUCACUACAUUGAGCAGUAUGGAGGAUUCAGGAACAUAUACAUGUAUUGUUACUAUAGUAGCUCCAAUUUAUCAAUACAUUACGACUUCUGAUACAAAUUAUAUGAAUGUUAACUUCACUGUAACUGAUCCCUUUAUUGGAGGGUUUUCUGCUUCUCCGGAUUCAUUUCUGGGUCUGGAGACAUCAUGUCCAGAUUCAGACCCAUAUGAUAACUUCACUCUUACCUGUACAGCCACUAAACCAACCAUAGUAAUUCCAAACCUGGUAAUAGCAUGGACACAUAAUGGUACAAUAGAAACUGGUACUGUGACUACUACUGGAGGGAAUAUGACUACCACUGUUACUAAUACAUUGAGCUUUACCAACAGCACUGCUGCUGAUUCUGGUACUUAUAGAUGUACUGCUAGUAUUACUAUACCUGAUUCAACUGAUAUUGCUACUAGUAGUGAGGAAAGCACUGUGGCUAUAAGACCUCAAAGUUUACCUGUUCCUGCCACUAAUGUCACAGUUACUCCAGGAACAACUACUGCUGCUGUAUCAUUCAUAAUACCUAACAUUGCCUAUACACCUGAAACCUACAAUGUUAAGCACACUGGAGCAAUCUUACAAACAACACAAGCAACUUCUAUCAUAAGAAUGAGCUCCAGUAACAUCACUGCAAUUAAUCAAAAAUUUGUGAUCAUGUUGACUGGCCUUGAGGAAGAUAACACUUAUACAUAUACAGUUGAUUCUACCAAUUGUCUUGGUACUACUAGUACUGUAGAGAUGAGCUUUAGAACACUUCCAGCAUUGCCAGUUGCUCCUCCAAUAGAUUGUGCUAAUAUAACAUUCUUACCACGUAAUGUCACGCUUACCUGGACUGCACCAGCACUAAUAGAUCAAAAUGGAGCACCAUUUGGUUAUAAUUUAACAUGUAUGAAUACUAGUGGUAUAUCAGUCAAUGGAUUGAGCCCAACACAAACUUCAACAAACACAAUGUUCACUAUUACUGAUGUUAUGCCUUUUACUGGUUACACUUGUGAGCUGUCAUUUAUUAAUGUAGUAGGACCAGGACCCCCUACCCAGUGUACCUUUGAAACAGCACAAGAUAAACCUGAUGAUGGACCACAGAACUUUACUUCUACCCCAACAAUGACAACAGUUACAUUUAGAUGGAGCAGACCAUCAAUACCUAAUGGAAUAAUCACUGGAUAUCUACUCAAAGUUACUAACAUUGAAACAAGUGCUUAUCACAUUAUGAAUAUCUCUUCUGAUCAAUUAAUGUAUACACUUGAUGAGGAAGGAUUCUUGAGUGCUUAUAAUAAUUACACUGCCACUGUUACUGCUAGUACUAUCAUUGGGUUUGGGCCUAUAUCUACUACUAGUGGAAGAACACUGCCAGACAUGUCUAGUCCUCCUCUAUUGGUGACGAGGGAUAUUACUAUAUCUGGUACAAUAUUCACUACAUUACCAUCAGUGGAUAAUCACACCAUUAAUGUGACAUGGUCUCCUCCUACUACAUCAAAUGGACGCAUUAUGAACUAUAUCAUUGAUGUUGAUGGAUAUACUAAUGGAAAUAACUUGAUAAGACGUACAAUUACUGAUGUUGACAAAAACUCUUUUAUGGAACUGAUUACUAAUACUACAGUAUUAACUCCUGGGGUACCAUAUAAUGUCACUCUGGUUGCUUAUAAUGAGUUUGGUAGAGGAAUGCCAGUUGAAGUUACUGUCUUUACUAGAGUUUUGACUCCUAGUGUAUCUCCAUCAGGCAUAAGAGGGAUCAGAUCUGCUGAUGGUACUAAUAUGACUAUUACUUGGAAUGCAGUGAGUUUUGAACAAGCCCGUGGUUUCUUUGAAUACACAAUAAGACUGACAAGAUCCAGCAGAAAGAGACAGACCACAGGAGAUUUAGUAUAUAGAGUCCCUUAUAGAGAUACCAGUUUUACUGCUACUGGUCUUGAUGGACAGGCUACCUAUGGAGUAUCAAUGGGUCUUUCUGUUGAUGAUGGAUCAAGUCAGGGACCUAUUGCUGGACCUACUAGUGAACCCAUUGAAGUAGUCUCUCCAGAUCCCAAUACUUGUAUUAUGGACAUUACAGUCAGUACUGAUCGUGGUACAUUUGAAUGGCCAGUUACAAUAUCAGGCAGUACAGUUGAUGUGUCAUGUCCUAAUGGUCCUACUGGAGCUGUCGCUACUAGAAGAUGUGUUACUAACAGCAGAUGGGAAUCGCCUAACAUUACAUCUUGUGCAACCACUGAGGUAUCUUGUAAAUUUAGAAACAUAUCAAAAAUAAAUAUUACUACUAAAAAUGUAGUAAUGGUAUCUGAGAACCUAACUAAUCUAGUUGUCAGUACUAUUGAUACUGCUGAUCAGAAUACUGACAACAUUCAAGUAGUGUCCACUAUAUUGAACCAAACAGCAAUACUGCUAUCAGAUCCAAUGGUAAUCAUGAGUCUCUCAUCAUCAGAGCUGUCAAUGGUAAGAAUUUAA